GCGCAGAAUUCAUGGACCAAGCAAGAAACGCGACACAUGAUCCACCAGUUGAAGGAAAAGGGGAUGAGUUGGUGGAUAAAAGAGUAUGUUCUGAAGCGGGCUAUACCAAUCCCCAAGUUGCUUUAUGCCUUCGACAUCGUCCUGUGUCGGGAGCUUCGCGACAAGCGCCCAAAGACCCUCUUGUUCUUCCUCAAAGUGGCCUUGUCGAGGCAACUAAGUCGACGGGACAAACUUCCUGCCUACAACACAGUUGAUGAUGCCGUCAACUUGCUGCGUAACUCCAAGCGAAUUAUCAUUCUCACUGGUGCCGGGAUCAGUGUAUCUUGUGGGAUCCCGGAUUUUCGCUCGGAGAACGGACUUUACGCGAUGCUGAAGCAGCGUGGCGAAUACGACCUCGAUGAUCCUCAACAGAUCCAGAUAUAUCCCUCAAACUUCACGCCCUCGCCGUGUCACCAUUUCAUCAAGUUUAUAGAAGACCGGGGACAGCUUCUACGCAACUAUACGCAAAACAUCGACACCCUGGAAACUUUAGCAGGCGUGAAGAACGUCCUCCAGUGCCACGGUUCGUUCGCGAGUGCCUCAUGCAUCGAAUGUCGUACCCGCGUGCCCGGUAAAGACAUUGAAGACGACAUCCUGCGCCAGCGCAUCCCGCUGUGCAAAGUAUGCCAGGCAAACGCAGCACAAGCAAGGGCCGCCGUGGCCGCCGCCAAGAAGCAAGAGCAGUCAAAGAAGAAGAGGAGGAAAAGCGGCAAUCCGUGGGAUGGAGACCACAGCGAGGAUGAAGAUGAGAAAGGGAUCCCGAAGGUCGGGGUGAUGAAGCCGGAUAUCACGUUCUUCGGAGAGAAACUCGACGACAGAUUCGACCGGUGUCUGGAAAUGGAUAGGGAGAAGGUCGAUCUUCUGAUUGUCAUCGGGACCAGCCUGAAGGUUGCGCCUGUGGCGGAUAUGAUCCUGCACAUCCCGCAUUCCGUUCCACAGAUCCUGAUCAACAAGACGCCCGUCAAACACAUCAACCCUGACAUCGUACUCCUCGGUAAUGCAGAUGACGUGGUUGUUCAUCUGUGCGAGAGACUUGGAUGGGAGCUGCCUCGCGCGAAGACAAGACCAGAAGCGACACGUGAAGGUCUGCGAAAGAGGCCAUCUGUGGAGACGGGAAAGCCCCCACCACAACCACCCCGAAGAGUUGGCAAUAGCCAUGUCUGGCUCUUUGAAGGCGCGGAAGGUGGUAAUUGGCUCGAGACGCUGGAGAUUGACUCAAGGGAACCGAGCGUCUUCGGUGAUUCCCCGUUGUCCCAGGCUGACGAAGAUGAAGAGCAGGUCGAUUCCCAUAACGACCGAGGUGCCAAGAGGGCAAGGGUUAUUUAGCGUACAGCGAUGUCUGGAGUGAUCUAGCGGCGGAGGCGGAGACGAAUUGCGUUUUUGGAGGCGCGGGAAUGCGGGUCCAGGUAAUCUUCAUAAAACCCUGCAACAAAUUCUUCCGCCUUGAAUCCAAACCGAUUGUAGAGCAGCAUAGCUGAAUUGCUAGCGGAGACAUGCAGGGUGAUGUCACGUCCAGGAACGAGGGACGCGAGAUGGUAAAGCAUGUUGGUCGCAAUACGUGCGUUUUCCCAACCAGCUCGUACAGCGAGGUAUGUUAUGUACGUUUCAACAGGAGAACUGAGCAGAGCGACGCCAACCACCAGUGAUUUGUAGGCGGCCACGAUCGUGGAGCGCUCCGGAACGUAGGUAAGAGAGUCGCUGACUGAGCGGAGAUCAGAAUUGUGGAGCACUAAUACACAGACCCAAGACAUUGACCAUCAAUCCCAACCCAGAAUGUACGCCUGAGGAUGUCGUGGAUCUGAGGGAGAUGAGAUGCCUGGAGAGUAACAUAAUGGAUAGGGGCAAUCGCCUCAUAUAUGUGUUCACGUUGGGGGUGAGCUAAUUUGUAAUGUUCUCUGACAUCGUCCAUGAGCUCCAUCCACGGACUGGAUGCGUUCCAAUCGAUAGCUACGACCUGCGACUGGGCGGAACAUGGGUCUGCUUGCACGCCGUGCAAUCUAGAAAGGAAGGAGCUUCGAAAGGGUGUGGUGCGAACGCCGUUGAGCGCGUUGAGAAUUUCGGGGUUGACUACUGGCGCAGAGACGGGCGGUGGAAGGGGAGAUAUAGUAAACGGUGCUACCAGCUUCGGUUUCGCCGGUAUCUCAUGUCUCCGCCGUUGCUGCUCGGAUCUGAGCUUUCGAACGAUUAGGGAACGAAUGGGUGGGACGGGAGCGACGCCUCCACUUGAGGCCGCAAAAGUCGCCCUCUCAUAGCGGGUCAGAGGUCGUAACGCAUGGCCCUGCUCGUCGAGCUCGACUGCAUCGUGAAGUACACGAUUCCGUGCAUGUAGAUAAUCGUACUGAUAUUGAUCCGCGAAGUCAUCGUAUGGAUAAAAGUCGUCCGCAUCUUCGGUGGUAUCGUCGAUAGAUCUGAGCAAAGGGACGAGGGAUAUGCCAGCGUCUUCGGGGACAGGUUGCACCUUCUUUCUCGUCCGCCUCCGUUUGCGCGGCCGUGUGAGCGCGUAUGUGUCGUCGCUGCUGCUGUCGGUGAACAUGUCCUUAU